ACGCACAUACGUAUACACACACACACAGCGUUUGUGGUAAAUGGGAAAUGCGGACACACUUACUUAUAAAACGCGGGAAUUCAGGGAAGGAAUCCGUAGAGUGGAAAAAGAGGGAAAGAUGCGAACACUAUCAUCGUGCUUGAGCGAAGUGAAUCUCAUUACGAAAACGAAAGCGAGAAAAUCUGCGAUAUUUCAUAUCUAAUUCCCGCGAGGUAUAAACGGUCAACUGUUAGCUGUUGUUAUACACCGGUGGUAUGGAUGUAGGUGAAUCUAUAAUAAACCGGCCGCACUGGAUGGGCAUCCAUGCAGUGAGAAUCCUCAGCUUCCAUCAUCAGCCUUUUAUUAGAUCAAUUCGAAAGGGACCUUGAUCAAUUUAAUCCUAUUGUAUUAACCAACUCUUGAUCCAUCGGCGUGCACGCCCCCUCACAUGCUUACGCACACCUUCUUUAAAUCAUAUAAACUUAGGCCUAUAUUCACCUGUGAGAGCGACCGACGAUUGAACGAAAAAUGCUUAAAUUUGACUUCCUAGAAAACGAGCGUUUACCAGACGAGCAGAUUCGUUCGGGGAAGCGAUAUUUGUCGAAGUCGAAGGCGAUCGUGGUCGUGGUUCUCUUCGUUCUCGCCAUCGUCAUUGUGGGAUUGCUGUGUGGAUUGCUCGCGGAAAAGAAGGCAUGUCAUACGAGGUACACUGGAGUGACAUACCCUACUCAGGAAUCAACCACUCAUAAAUAUGAAAGGACAACCUAUCUCACGCCAACGGGUAGACCCCCACCUAUCUCCACGAGCCAGGCACCGUUGGCGCCGUGGGAGGAACCGCGCCUCCCCGGCGACCUCAAACCGAUUCACUACGAACUCGACAUCCAAAUCGACAUCGACCACCGGCGGUGGUUUAAUGGGACAGUGACGGUGUUGAUGCGGUGUUUGAGGAACACCAACAUCAUUCUCAUGCAUUCGAAGCAGCUGGACCUGAUCCCGGGUUCUGCAUUGCUUGAAAUGUUGUCGAGGAACGAAGGUAGAGUUCCUCCGAGAUUAUCAAACGAACCCUGGACAUACCCAGGGAAUCAGUACCUCGUGGUGGAGUUGGAUGGUUGGUUGGUCCAAGGGGAGGAGUAUCUCUUCAAGAUUCGUUUCGGUGCUGAGCUGGUAGACCAGGGGCUUGUCGGACUCUUCAGGAGUUCCUACAAGACGGCAACGGGAGAAACCAGAUACCUUGCCACAACAUUUUUCGCGCCCACCAACGCCCGCAUGGCCUUCCCUUGCUUCGACGAACCGGCAAUGAAGGCAACAUACGACAUCGCCAUCGUUCACCAACCCGACUACGUGGCCAUAAGCAACAUGCCUGUGAUGGAAGUGGAGAAUGUGACGGUCGGAGAUGGUGAGAGACCUUGGCUGAUGUCCACUUUCCAGAGAACGAAACCGAUGUCCAGCUACACCAUUUGUUACGUCGUCUGCGACUUCGAAAAAGAAACUGGUGUGACAGCCGGCAACAUAGAGUUUACUAUCUGGGCAAGAAAAGAAGCGAUGUCUUCCGUGCACUAUGCUUUAGAUAAAGGAGCCAAUAUAUUGGAUUACUAUAAUUUCUACUUCAGUAGCGAAUUUCCGCUUCCAAAAAUGGAUACCGUUGCCAUCCCCGACUAUGGUGUCGGUGCCAUGGAAAAUUGGGGCCUGCUGACGUUUCGUGAAUAUUAUCUUCUAUACACACCUGGUGCGUCAUCUCGAUCCGACCUUCAGCAUAUCACCUACGUCAUGGCUCAUGAGCUAGCUCAUCAGUGGUUUGGUAACUUGGUUUCAUUCGAGUGGUGGAAUGACCUGUGGUUGAAAGAAGGCUUUGCAACCUACGCCGGGAAUAUCGGCUGCGACGUAGUUCAGCCAGACUGGGGUAUGACAGAUCAGUUCACUGCGACAGAGAUGUUCAAAUCCCUUCAGGAAGACGCCUCUCCUUCUUCCCGCCCGAUUAUCGUGGACGUCUUCACUGCAGACGACAUUAACGAACAAUACGAUGUGAUCGUCUAUGAUAAGGCAGCUUCUAUCAUCAGGAUGAUACACGAUUUCCUUGGCGAAGAAACAUAUAGGAGAGGGUUGCAGCUCUAUGUUGAGAGAUAUCAGUACAGUAAUGCAGUUAACACUGAUCUGUGGGAUUGUUUUACGGAUGCCUUAAAUGGGUCCAUGGUUGAUGUCAAGGAGGUCAUGGAUACUUGGACAUUACAGAUGGGGUAUCCUACUGUCUACGUCACUCGUGAUUAUUCAUUAGUUAACCCGGUCUUCUCAGCCAAUCAGAGUCGUUUCCUCAUUGACCCGGAAGCGAAUACUACGACACGAUACGAUGAUCUUGGCUAUACAUGGUACAUACCAAUGAGGUAUACGACUAAGGGAGAGGCGAACUUCGACAGUCCUCCUCUUCAGUGGCUAUCCCCAAACUCAUCUGGUGUUACAACGCCUAUCUUGGGAUCCUCGGCAGAUGAGUGGCUUUUAGUGAAUAUCAACGCCUAUGGAUAUUACCGGGUUAACUAUGAUGAGCAUAACUGGCAGUUGCUGAUAUCACAGCUUCUCUCGAAUCGUGAGGCGAUACCCAUAUCAAAUCGUGCAGCACUACUCGGCGACGCCCUGAAUCUAGCGAGGGCUGGUGACUUGGAUUAUACCAUAGCCCUCAACCUGACCCGCUAUCUAUCCGAUGAGAGGGAGUAUGUCCCCUGGUUGACCGCAUCCAAGGUCCUCGGGUACAUCAAUCUCAUGCUGUCUAGAGCCUCAGCCUUUGGGGCUUUCCAGAGAUACAUGUCAAGGCUUGUUGAACCUUUCUACAGGGCUGUUGGAUCAUAUAACUCGGAAAGCAAUCAUCUUCAACAAUUAGCUCGUGUUGUCGCUGAACAGGAAGCUUGUAACCAUGGCAGCCAUGAUUGCAUCACGAGAGCAACAUCAAUGUUUGCAAGUUGGAUGGGAAAUGACUCGUAUAAUACUAUUCCACCCGAUCAGAAGAAGCACGUGUACUGUACUGCAAUCGCAAUGGGUGGGGAGACAGAGUGGUCCUUUGCCUUCGACAAGUAUGAAUCAACCCUCGUUGCCAGUGAACGAGCCUUACUGCUGCAAUCCCUGGCGUGUGCCAAACAGCCCUGGAUACUCAGCAAAUACCUAGGUAUGAUAAGUGAUGGGGUGAUUAGAUCGCAGGAUGCCGACUCUGUUUUAGAGUAUGUAGCGAAAAACCCGAUAGGAUACGAUCUAGCUUGGCGCUUUUUCCAGAAUAAUUGGGAUUUCUUUAGAAAAACCUACGGCAGUACUUUAUUUCAUUUUGCCGAUCUCAUAAAAAAGGUCACUGCCUAUUUCAACACGGAGUUACAACUCAGAGAGCUUGAGGACUUUAUAUCGCAACAUCCUGAUCAGGGAACGGGUGCCAGAGCGUUUGUCCAGGCCGCACAGCAGACCAAAGCUAACAUCAGAUGGGUACAGCGCUAUCGGGAGAAAGUGCAUGCAUGGCUUCAACAGGAAAAUGAAGGUUGAGUCUUGGGAGUUGUUUCACCAACAGCAAUGUGCACUUGUUUUUUCGUUUCUUUGUGGCAGGCAUUGGGUCAGGUCUUGUUACAUACAAUAAAAUCAAGCAUUUCAAAUAAAUCCAGAUCGGCUGUGAAUAGUGACCACCCGAAUAUUUGAUUUAGUUUUAAACCUAGUAAAUUUAAAUAUAAAUCUAACAGAUUUGAAUUCAGAUCUUUUGAGAUUUGGAAGUCAAUCCUAAAUAUUAAAAUAAAUCCAACAUUCGGCUGGUCAAUAUCCACAGCCGAUCUGGAUUUAUUUUAAAUCCUUGAUUUUUAGAGUGUAGAUGUUGAUCUGGCUUCAGUCUGUCACGGGAAGUUCCCGUAGUGAUGUCAUUCAAGGGAUUAAACAUCUCGAGAUUUUUUGUGUCGUUUGGCGCGGGAAUGAAUCUGAUGGAACGCUGUAUCAUAAUAAAUAGGAUGGUAGAGAGUCAAAAGUCUUCCCCGAAAUCGGAGAACUUGUGUGACAUCUAAUGUUUAUCUUGCAAUCCGAUCCGAAUUACCACUAAGCACUUGCCAUUGUUUGUAUAAAUAUAAUGAUCGAAAAGUAUAGUAUCAUUCCAACCGUCCUCUAUACUUGAUGACAUGAAUGUUAUCUUUUUUUUUUUAUAUACAUGUCCAUGUACGUCGUAUCUUGAAGAAUAUGGAUGUCAUUAAAAUAAAUGUAUGUUGUGUAAUGCAUCUCAAUAAAGCGUGCGUUAUUGUUUUGAUGUAGACAAAGGGAGUUCUUUUUGUCUUGGUUGUACUGUUAUUAUUUAUCCACGCAAUCCAGACUUUUGAUCAGAAUCACUCUCCUUCAAAUUACAAAUUUUCUGUUUAGAUUGUGUUUGUGUAACGUGACAUUUUAAGAUAUACAGCUUCAGUUGAAAAAUAUGUCAGCAUAGUUUUCUUGUGUAGUUUAUUGAUUUUAGUCUAAGUGUAUAAUCAUCACAAGCAUCACCAAAAUAUCAUUAUUUCCUAACCAGUCAGCUGUAUAAUACAUUCAUAUUGGGUGAUCCACUCCAAUCGUAUUGAAAUCAUCAUGACAUCAUAGGCGCACUGCAGGCAAGUUUGCAGUCAAACACAACUCCAAAAAUCAUACGCUCAACCUAUGGGAAACCCCCGACAUUGCGUAAUUGCUUGAAAUUUUCAAGUUGAAGUUUCAAAGCAAUGCUGAGAGAGUGUCGAUCGUGGUCGAGUGGUUUAACUUACACCUUGAAUCAGAGGGUUGUGGGUACAAAUCUCAGCCAUCAAACACAAAUUCGGAGCAUGUGCAGAUAAAAGUCAUCUGUAUCAAAGUCUAUUACCAUCAAGCGAUCUGCCACAAAUCAAUGUCGGCUCAUAUCAAAGGUAUAUUUGUAUUGUUUUGUGUAAAUAUCUUCAUCACUCCGUCCUUUGUUUCUGAAUGAAAUGUAUAAUUUCCUCACGACUAAUAAUCCUUUUCAAAUGUAUGAAUAUCAAAGCUUUGAAGAGAAGAGUUUGCUAUAUAUACUUUCAUGAAAAAUUUAUGUGAGUACUAAAAAUUGACGAAUGAAUUAUACAUACUUUGCAUGAGAUCAUAACGUAACUUUGUUGGUUAUUGAAAGUUGUAUGUUUGGAUAGGCGAGGCUGUGAGUGUAGAUGUGUGUGUUUAAAGGGGUUAGUAAUGGUUUUGGGAGUGACAUGCACUUUUUUUUACCAAGGGAGACGGGGGGGGGGGGUAUGGUUUUUCAUUUUUUUUAAAGUUUUCUUUUACCUCUGAAUGAUUUCGUAUGAGGUGGUCUGUACCUGAUUGGCAUUGGAAACUACUGUUUUAUCAUUAAAAAAAGUAUAUGAUUGUUUAUCUUAUAAUAAUGACAAAAUGUAUACAUUUAUUUAACAAACGCGCAAUGGCUAAUUUCUAAAUUGUUGAAAUCAGAAUGAGUUUGUUUAUAUAUAAUUGUAUAUGGGCCUAUCUGAACGGGGGAAUUGCCAAGUUUCGUCUACUAUACAUCAGGGGAGUGUUUCAUCAACAUUUUCAUCCGACAAGUUGUCAGAUCUGACAUCUUUCUCUGAUGUUGAUUGGCUAAGAAAUACUGUUACUAUGGUAACUGUCGGAUAAAAUGGGACUUGUCGGAUAAAACGUCCGACAAGUCCUUUCAUGAAACGCUCCCCAGGUCUCGUCCCACUUUCUCUAAUCCUAUACUCCAUCUUCAACCACCUGGGGCCCGUUGCAGAAAGAGUUGUAAUCAAACGCAACUCAAAAAAUCCUGCGCAACUUGAUUUUCAGCCAAUGAAGCACCCGUAUUCGUGACUUGCGCUUGAUAUUUUGACUUGCGUUUAAACGCAACUCUUUCUGUAACAGGCCCCUGGUCUGCAUUGGUCUAAUUUCUAUUUACCCCAUUUUAACAUUUUGUCUGAAAUACAAUGAGACUAUACACAUUUUAUCUAACAUCCACUUGGUCUGACAGACUGACACCAUGUAUGCUGUGAUCAGACCACACGGGUCGUGUGGUUCAAUGGUUGUAGCAUCGGACCCAUAAUCCCAAGGUUGUCAGUUCGAAUCCCCAUUCUGCCCUUGUCUCCACUUUGAUAAAAAGACCCGAGAGUAAUAUCUGUCGUCUAUAACGUCAGCCACUGUGCCUGAUUAACCUAGACGUAAAAUGUUUCCUUGGUAAUUAGUUAUAUGCCAGCUUGGUUUUUACCAGCAGAGCGCUGUCCUGUCGAGUUCCUACGGGAGUUACCAUAAACAGAAACAGAAGAAACAGAUCAACCGUUCAUGAACCUGGAGAGCGUUUCAUGAAAGGACUUGUCAGACGUUUUAUCCGACAAGUACUGUUUUAUCCGAUAGUUACUAUGGUAACAGUGCCUCUCAGCCAAUCAUUAUCAAGGAAAGUUGUCAGACCUGACAACUUUUCGGACAAAAAUGUUGAUGAAACGAUCCCCAGGUUUUCAUUUGACCAAAUAAAAAAUAAAACAAUAAGGAAACAUAGAUGAAAUUAGACCAAAUGGGCAGUAACAUAAAUGAAAAUUAGAUGAAAUGGGUAUCAGACCAGCGCCCCGUAACACAAAACUUAGUGAUCGAUCGUUGAGCUGAUUUUUACGAUUGAUCAUACACAAUAAUCAAUGUAAUCAAUCGUUAAAAUCAGCAUGAUCAGCCUGAAAUCAAUCGCUAUGCUUUGUGUAACGGGGCACAGGUGUAGUGUAGGCCAAACUUGAUAGUAGACUAAAAGUGUGUAGCCCUUGUGGUUUAUAAGACUAUCUGAGAAGUAGAGUAUGUAGACCAAGUGAAUAUCAAAGGGCAGGUCCAUCCUAUUGAACAAAAAGUUGGUUUAAAUAAAUGAAGAAAUAUCAAACAAGUAUCAAACC